UAUGGCUGCUACAGUGAACUUGGAGCUUGAUCCAAUUUUUCUGAAAGCUCUGGGCUUCUUGCAUUCAAAGAGUAAGGACUCUGCUGAAAAGCUGAAAGCGCUUCUUGAUGAGUCUUUGGCCAGAGGAACUGACUCAAGCUAUCGUCCAUCUCAGAAGGAAAUAGAGCAACCAAAAGUAUCUGUUACCAAGCCUAUUUCCAGUAAACAAGAACCUAAGGCUUCUUCUAGUUUGCCUUCUGGCAGCAACAAUGGCAAGACCACUGUGUCAGAAAAGGUGAAAAAAGAAACAGAAAAGAGAACUGCUGAUAAAAUAAAAGGGGAUACUGCUGAAGGAGCUGAUGCACCAAAGAAACCCAGACUAGAGAAGCAGGAGGCUCGUUCCUCCCCUAUUACAGUUCAGACAAGCAAGGAUUUAUCCAUGCCUGAUUUAUCCAGCUUUGAGGAAACCAGUGCUGAUGACUUUGCUAUGGAAAUGGGAUUAGCCUGUGUUGUUUGCAGGCAAAUGACAGUUAUUUCUGGGAAUCAGCUAGUGGAGUGUCAGGGAUGCCAUAAUCUCUACCACCAAGAUUGCCAUAAACCUCAGGUGACAGACAAGGAAGUGAAUGAUCCUCGACUUGUAUGGUAUUGUGCCCGCUGUACCAGGCAGAUGAAGAGAAUGACUCAAAAGACACAAAAACCAUCUCAAAAACCAGCUCCUGCAGUGGUUUCAGUUGCACCAACUGUGAAGGAUCCAUUAGUCAAGAAGCCAGAAAUUAAAUUAAAACCUGAGACCCCACCAACUUUUCUAUUCAAGAGAACAGAGGUCAAGACCUCAGCAGCAAUUUCAGGGAACUCAGCCAGUGCGAGUGUUUCCUCUUCAGCAACCAGUGGCCUUACAGGAUGGGCUGCUUUUGCAGCCAAAACCUCCUCUGCUAGUCCAUCGACUGCCAAACUGGGAUCAACAGCACAGAGCACAGGUGGGAAACCUGCAGCUUCUUCAAAUAACCAGAAACCUGUGGGUUUGUCAGGGUUGGCAACUUCCAAAACAGGACUAGGGUCAAAAAUAGCUUCUGCCAGCAACAGCACUAGCCCUGUUCAGCUGAAACCUCCCCCUCCUCUGACACUGGGGAAAACUUCUCUUAGCCGCUCCGUAAGCAGCGACAAUGUCAGCAAAGUCGGGCUCCCGAGUCCCAGCAGUACCGCACCAAGCACCGGCAGCCAGGUGAGCAGUGGGAAUGGCAACGGUGGGGCUGCAGGUAACAGUGGGGGCAGCACCAGCAAAACCACAGCAGAUGCUGGUAAUCAGUCAGCCUCCUUAAAAGGCCCGACUUCUCAGGAAUCUCAGCUCAAUGCUAUGAAAAGGUUACAAAUGGUCAAGAAGAAGGCCGCUCAAAAGAAACUCAAGAAGUAGUAUGACUGCUGGCU